GAGAUACUCGCGAGCGGAGCGGAGCGGUUUAAGCAGCGCUCGCGCACUAAGUAUUACCACACAGCACACAGACGCAUCACGCGCUCAGUUUUCUCUCUAUUUCAUCCCUCCAGUCAAUGUUUUUCUUUUCUUUUCUUUAUCAACCUGUUUGCUGUCGGUACGAGUUGUUACGUUAAACGUGUAACACCAGUUUUGUUUAAAUAUCAGAUUUAUUUUUCUUCAGAUACCAGGAACUUCUGACUGGUCACCAACCAGAGUACCAAGGAUGCGCGCGAAGACUCUGUCGAAGGAGAUGGUCAACACCAAUGCUUACACAAGUUCCUUCCACGUUUUCCACACUGUUUUUUGUUUAGUUUUGUCGGUAUUUUCGGUGGUAUUUUGUGUCGUCAUAACCUUAAGGACGUCUCACCUGGAGCACAGAAUGCAGUUUCUGGAAAGCGAGCGCGUUUCUGUCCUGAGCUCUGCACCUCCAUCACCGCAGGCUGCUAACCUCUCUCUGUGGGAUGCGAUAGAAAAACUCGUCUAUAAGAGACUCAUGGAGGAAGUGCCUAAACUUCGAACACCGAGGGAAGUAGGUCAAGAGUGCUCUUGCCCACCAGGACCCCCAGGUAGACGUGGAAGAAAAGGGAAUCCUGGAACUCCAGUAAGUAACCCUAUAUUUGUGGACACUUAAUGCAGAACACAUGUAUGUGAAUCUGGCUCAUUGUCAGCCGUGACAUGACCCAAAUUCGAUUCCCAUCACAGUUCUAGCUAACAGAUAUAACGUUGGCUAUAAACAAGGUAAGAUCAGAAGGUAUGUAGUCUAGAGUGUGGAUCCGUUA